UUCCUCCCCUUCGUCGUCCUCAAAAUUGACAGUACUCGAAGCGCCCCCAAGUAACGUAAACCAGAAGUUUCCGCUUCUUCGCGGGAGCGUCCAUGGAAAUUACAGGCGAAGGUUGACUUAGUCAACCGGAAGUUCUCUCUCUCUACACCACGCGCUUCGAGGAGGAGGAGGAGGAGGAGGAGGAGGAGGCGAAGGAGACGACGACGACGACGACGACGACGACAGUGGCGGCGAUUCUCUCACUGGGAGCGACGUGAAGACGACAUGCCCAUCACGUUCUGACGCCUUCCCCAGAAGCUGCCUUCGUCUCGGCGCGCUCGCGUCCGUGUCCGUGUCCGAGUCCGACCAAACCUCGGCCUCAUUCGAUGAAUCCGAAAGCCUCCUCACGAUCGUCGUUUCGUUGCUUCCGGAUGAAUCUCCAGCCGCCGAGGAGGAUCGCCGAGCCGCCGGCGAAGGCUGCGGCGGCGGAUGGGGCGGCGGGGGAGGGCCGCGUGGAGGACGCGCUGUCGCACCCGAUAGUCCUGGCGGAGCGGGUCCGCGCGGCGGUCAAGGAGUCCGAGUCGUUCAAGCUCGAGUGCGCCGAGAUUGGGAGGCAGGUGGAGAGGCUGUCGCAGAUGCUCCGGGCCCUGGCCCGGCUCGCGUCCUCGCCGCCGCCGCCGCUCUACGACCGCCCCGUCCGGCGCGUCGCCGCGGAGGUCGCCAGGAGCCUCGAGCGGGCCCUGAGCCUCGCGCGCAAGUGCAGGCGCCAGAACCUGAUCCGCCGUCUGGUCAGGAUCACUAGCGUCACGGAUUUCAGGAAAGUGCUGAGCCUGCUGGACGCCUCCGUUGGGGAUAUGGAGUGGUUGUUGAGUGUUCUUGGUCCCGACGAGCCUGGCGGCGGCGGCGGCGGGAUUGUGCUCUCCUUGCCGCCGAUCGCGAGUAACGAUCCGAUUCUGGCGUGGGUCUGGUCCUUCAUUGCUUCCAUCUACGCGGGAGAAUCGUCGGACCGAGUCGAGGCUGCCAAUGAAUUGGCUUCGCUCGCGAAGGAUAACGACCGGAACAAGAAGAUUAUUGUGGAGGAAGGUGGGGUUCCUCCUCUGUUGAAGCUCUUGAAGGAGGCUGCGGCCCCGGAGGCGCAAAUUGCCGCCGCGGUCGCGCUCUUUAAUCUGGCCAAUGAUCAAGAGAGAGUCAGGGUCGUCGUGAGCGAACUCGGGGUUCCUCUCAUUGUGAAGGUCCUCAGGGACGCGCCCAUGCGGGUGCAGAUACAUGUGGCGCGGUUGGUGGCGAGGAUGGCAGAGCUCGACCCCGUCGCUCAAGAUGAUUUCGCAAGGGAGAACGCCAUUAGCCCUCUGGUGUCGAUGUUGUCAUUCGAGACGUUUAUGGAGGAUGAUAUGAAAGUUCAUUUGGGUAAGCAGAGUAUACAUUCGAUCAUUCAAUUGAACAAGGAAAAGGGUAAAUUCGCAAUGGCGAAAUCUAACAGCCAUCUCCCUCAAUCGAGCACUCAUUCACGCUCGUUAUCAGAUGGGGUUAAUAGAUUGGGGGGUCACAGGAAGGAAAGAGAGGGUGAGACGCCUGAGAUUAAGCUUAAACUGAAGUGUAGUGCUGCGGAGGCUUUGUGGAUGCUUGCAAAGGGGAAUGUUCCCAAUAGUAGGAGGAUAACUGAGACAAAAGGAUUGCUUUGUUUGGCAAAGUUGGUCGAGAAAGAGCGCGACAAGUUGCAGUACAAUUGUUUGAUGACAUUGAUGGAGAUAACCGCAGCUGCUGAACUGAACAGUGAUCUUAGGCGAGCGGCUUUUAAGACGAGUUCGCCGGCUGCUAAGGCCGUUGUGGAUCAGCUUUUGAGGAUUGUCAAGGAAAUAGACCGCCCAUCAUUGCAAAUUCCUGCCAUAAGGUCCAUUGGUUCAUUGGCCAGGACAUUUCCAGCAAGAGAAACCAGAGUAAUUCAGCCGCUAGUAACCCAACUGAGCCACAGAGAUGAAGAUGUGGCCACUGAAGCUGCCAUUUCUCUGGUGAAGUUCGCUUGUCCCGAUAAUUAUCUCUGCACAACACAUUCGAAGGCAAUAGUUGAGUUCAAUGGAGUCCCUCCUCUCAUGAGACUUUUGAGGAGCAAUGAACGAGCUCAGUUGAAUGCGCUGAUCCUCCUCUGCUACCUUGCGAUACAUGCUGGAGAUAAUGAGGGUCUGGAAAGAGCUAGGGUCUUGACUGCACUCGAGGGAGUAGAUCGUUCCAUAACUGGGCAGAAUCUUGAAUUGAGGGAUUUGAUUUCCAAGGCCGUGUACCAAAUCAAGAUGUAUCAUGCUGAUGUCCAUUCUCAUCGCAUACAUUCAUACUCGCGCUGAACUUCAAGAACUGCUGCGUUCUAUAAUUUUUCAUUUGUUGGUCACCUGGAAAAAUAUACUUUUGUUUUAUUAGCACAGAUAGGUUAGGGGCCUUAGGUCCAAAAUUGUAAAAUCAAUCAUCAAAUACACUUUUGCAGUACAGUGGAUUGAAAUUUGAAAGGCAGUUUUCAUG